AUGACAAACACCAAUAACCUUGAAAACUACCGUGGUUUUCAUGCCAACAAGAGACCAAAUAACAAUGUACCACCAUUGCUCCACCCGAUAAAGCCUAAAUUCAAGAAAAAGAGCAGUUCGUUGUUCAACAAAUUGAUAUAUUCCAGAAAAGAAAGCAAUGGGGAUGAAGAAGACCAACAGGACGAUGAAGAUCCCAAAAAGGAGCAUCUAGUAUCAUCUUCAGAUGCAUCAGUCUCCCCAACACACUCUGGCCAUUCAUCGCGAGCCAAUUCGAUUACUUCAGAUGAGCAACAGUUUCAACAGCAACAAGAACAUGCACUAAAACGCAAAAGCAAUUCAUCAGCUUCGUCAAGCCAUUCGAAACAUAAAUUCAGACUUCCGUCGCUAUCAUUGGACUACCACCCACAUCAUGUUUCGUCUGUACUGCCAAAUCUGUUGCAAAUGACGCAGCCGGAGCACCCAGUAACUCCAUUGAAACCGAAACAUGACUUGUAUUCAACACCCUCCCCAUCAGACGUGUCACAAAGGGAUAAGUCAGUGACAUCGCUACACUCGUUGGCCACCAAUGAUAAUAUGAUGUCGUUGGAUUUGAAUUUAGAUGAGAUUAGAGAUAUUGUAAAGAGCGACGAGGCUGCAACACCUAAGCAAAAUUGGAAGGCUCCAGAUAGUUGGGAUGUCAAGGCUUCUAAAAUAGAAGAGGUACCAGAGGAAUACAAUGAACCAGACUUUGUUGAAAAGCUGUUGCCAGUGCUUUAUGGAACGAGACAAGGAUCACAUGUAUCCAAAUCGAUGGACCCACACCCUAGUCACAUCAUUCGAAUAUUUAAAGAAGACAAUACAUUUACAACCAUAUUGUGCCCUUUGGAGACAACAACAACGGAGCUUUUGACAAUUGUGCAAAAGAAGUUCUUUUUGGAAUCGGCAUCAAACUAUCAGUUAUCAGUGCACAUUGGAAACUGUGUGAAAGUUUUGGAGAGCUUUGAAAAACCAAUCAAGAUACAAACAGGCCUACUUCUUCUAAGUGGGUACACAGAAGACGACAACUUAAGGAUUAUUGGUAGAGGAGACAUGUCCUUUGUGUGCAAAUUUGUCGUCGAAAAUAUAUACCUAAGGAGCUUAACCCAUGAAGAGGAGGCGUUGCUAUCAAAGAAUUACGUUGAUGUCAACAUAUCAUCUUUGAAUCUUAAAAAUAUCCCAAUCAUCUUCCACCAACACACCUAUGAAAUUGAAAAAUUAAACGUAUCAGAAAACCCAUCUAUAUACAUACCGUUGGAUUUUAUUCAAUCGUGUACCAAUUUGACGAGUGUCAACUUUUCACGCAAUGGAUGCUCGAAAUUUCCCACCAACCUUUUAGAGGCAACUGGGCUUACACAUUUGAACCUCGAGAUGAACUUUUUGGACGACUUACCAGUAAAGAUCAACAGACUCGAUAACUUGACACACUUGAAGCUCAACUCUAAUCAGUUGUCACUGCUUCCAAAGUCAUUUGGUCAACUCAAAAAUUUGGUUUACCUCAAUUUGUCGUCAAAUUAUUUCAACAGCUACCCCGAGCCUGUUAACGAUUUGGACAAAUUGAUAGAAUUGGACUUGUCAUAUAACGAUCUUUCAUACUUGCCCGAAUCAAUGGUGAAUCUAAAGAGCUUGCAGAAGUUGAAUUUGUGCACAAACAAACUUGGCAAGGCCUUGCCGGAAUUUCUUGCUGGCUUACAGUCCUUAAAGAGGUUAGAUAUUCGUUACAACCAGAUAGCCAACGUGGAUGUCUUGGGCGAGUUGCCCAACUUGGAGGUGUUGUACGCCUCAAGGAAUGCAAUAUCGGCAUUUUGUGAUCAAAUGGAGAAUCUAAGACUUCUUCACUUUGAUAAGAAUCCCAUCACAGAAUUAAAGUUUAUCAACCAAUUGCAAAUGCUCAACAUUUUAGAUCUAUCAAAGGCAAAAAUUACCGCCAUUCCUUCCGAGUUUGUCGUCAAAAUUCCAAAUAUUGAAAAGUUGGUGCUUGAUAAAAACCAUUUGGUUACACUUCCACAGGAAUUGGGUCAAUUGACAAGAUUGUCGUAUCUUUCUAUCUAUUCAAACAACCUACAAGCGGUGCCAUCUUCGAUUGGCAAUCUUGCCAAUUUACAGUACUUGAGCCUACACUCCAACAGUAUCCAAACCUUGCCGGACGAGAUUUGGAACUUGCGGUCAUUGGCGAUAUUGAAUGUGGCUAGUAACAACCUCACGUCUUUCCCCAAACCCCCCUUUGCCAUUGCAAAACGAAUUUCCUCCUCAAAUGAUUUCGGCGAGUUGCCCGCUUCGGAAUCCAUUGCAGAUACCUUGUCGGUUUUAACAAUCUCAGACAACAGGCUAAAUGAUGACUGCUUUGAUGCCAUUUCAUUCCUCAUUAGCUUGAAAUCGUUGAAUUUGUCGUACAAUGACUUGAUCGAGAUCCCCGAAGGCUCGAUAUGCAGAAUGAAACGAUUGAAUGAAUUGUACUUGUCUGGUAAUGACUUGACAACACUUCCCGCGGACGAUCUAGAACAAUUGAAGGCAUUGAAGCUUCUUUACAUAAACAAUAACAAGUUGGUUUCUCUUCCGGCAGAAUUGAGUAAAUUGACCAAUUUACAACAUUUGGAUGUCGGAUCAAACCAGCUCAAGUACAAUAUCUCCAAUUGGCCAUACGAUUGGAAUUGGCAUUGGAACAAAAAUUUGAAAUACUUGAAUUUUUCGGGAAACAAGAGAUUUGAAAUUAAGCAAAGCCAUGUCAAAAAUCCAGAGACUGGUGAAGAUUUUGAUAGUUUGCUAGUGUUGGACCAGUUGAAAGUGUUGGGGUUAAUAGAUGUGACAUUGACCACAACUUCUGUCCCAGAACAAUCAGUUGACAAAAGGAUAAGAACAACUGCGUCUGAGUUGGACAACAUUGGUUAUGGUGUGAGUGACACAAUGGGCCAAAGAGACUACAUAUCGAACCGGGAUAUAUUUAUUCAAAAAUUCAGGGGCAAUGAAGACGAGGUGCUUAUUUGUUCUUUUGACGGAAAACAUGGUGCCCCAAACCAAGGCCAUAGAGUUUCUUUAAUUGCACGAAACAUGAUAACAAAGAACUUUACCGAUGAGUUGGCCAAAAUCAAUGACGAUCCUGACAAGGUUUACAUUGCCCUCAGGAGAGCAUUUUUGUCAUUCAACAAGGAAAUAAAUGGAAUCUUGUUGGCUAAAAAGAGCCAUACAUUCACACCUGGUCUACAGUACACCAAAGAACAAAGCGAGUUGAACUUGAUUGAUGAUUCAAGAAGCGGGGCAUCGGCUACCGUUGUCUAUAUCAAAAACAAGAAGCUUUAUUGUGCAAACAUAGGAGAUAUCGAGGCGUUGCUAUGCCAAAACAACGGCAACUUCCGCGUUUUGACAAAUGCUCAUAAACCAACAAACCGUGAAGAGUUCGAAAGAAUUAGGGCUUCAGGUGGCUAUGUCUCGGGAAGUGGUGACUUGGACGGAGACUUGCCCGUGUCGCGUGGAGCUGGAUAUUUUUCCUACUUGCCCCAUACCCAUUCUGGCCCCGAUGUGAGUGAGUUGACCUUGACUCCUGCUGAUGACUUGUUGGUCAUUGCCACAAAGGUUUUGUGGGACUUUAUCUCCUACGAGCUAGCUGUCGAUAUUAUACGUCAAGAGAAGAACGAUCCGAUGGUUGCUGCUCAGAAAUUACGUGACUUUGCCGUCUGCUACGGCGCUUCAGAUAAAAUAACGGUGAUUGUAUUAACAUUUGGAGAAAAGACGAAACUGAAUGCAUUGUACAACAAUCUCGGCCGAGAAGCCGACUUUUUCAAAAGAAGAAGAGAUAGACAAAUUGGUGGUGAUUCAACACUCCGUAGAUUGGAGAGUGAGAUUGAGCCCCCGGUAGGCGAGUUGGCAUUGGUGUUCACCGAUAUCAAGAACUCAACUCUACUUUGGGAUUCAUACCCAUCACCAAUGAGGUCGGCUAUUAAAACACACAACUCGAUAAUGAGACGUCAAUUGAGAAUAGUGGGUGGUUAUGAGGUCAAGACAGAAGGUGACGCGUUUAUGGUGGCAUUCCCUUCACCUACAUCUGCCCUAUUAUGGUGCUUCAAUGUGCAGCAAAAUUUGCUAACCGCUGACUGGCCAACUGAGAUUCUCGAGACCGAUCAAUGUUGCGAAGUUACCGACGGCGCAGGAAAUGUAAUUUACCGUGGGUUGUCAGUGCGAAUGGGAAUCCACUGGGGUUCACCUGUAUGCGAACCUGAUGUAGUCACUGGAAGAAUGGACUAUUUUGGACCCAUGGUGAAUCGUGCUUCUCGAAUAAGUGCUGUUGCCGAUGGUGGCCAAAUUGCCGUGAGUUCAAAUUUCCUUGAUGAAAUGAGAGCAUUAACGGCCAUUCAUGACGAUAUAAAGAAUAAUGUCAAGACCAUAAGUGAUGCAUAUCAAGGAAAUGACAACGCUGGAAUAAUUAUCGAGAGGGAGUUGACAGCAAUUGAAGAACUCGGCUCGAAUUACUACAAAAUCGGAGAGAGAAAGCUAAAAGGGUUGGAAACUCCUGAAUUGAUUACGUUGGUGUAUUCUAGCAGGUUAAAGUUGAGGUUUGAGAUUUUCCAAAAGAGACUCGAUGCAGAUGAACAGCAUAGCACGAGGGUUAUUGGAACUAUACCAAUUGAGUGCAUCAUUGCAAUCAAUAACAUCUCCUUAAGAUUGGAGAACUUGUUGUCGUAUAUGAAUGGGGGUACAUAUAUCAAGGAGGGCUUUAAACAGAGUCAAAGAUUGGUCGACGCCAAUAUCCAAGAAUUGUUGAAUUCGGUAACGAGGAUAGAGAACUCGGUGGCCACUUUGUAUUUGAGGAAGAUGAUGGAACAAAACGGUAGACCGUUCGAUAUGAGCCCCUUAAUGCAAGUGUUGGAUGAAUUAUCAGAAAUUAUGAAACGUGUCCAGAACUAA